UGACGCAAAAGCUUCAAUACUGAAAUCUUGCUUAAAGUUGUGACAUUUAACAGAAAUAUUGCAUGGAAUACUCAAACUUUCUGGUUUAAAAUGGCUUCAAAGCUCACUGGGUCCUUGAAAGACUCAAUGUCAAUGGCAUCUGAUUUGAUCCAUGACUUUGUCUGCUCUCCAUGUCAAGAAGACAAGCUAAAUACUGAAGCCAAGUAUUUCUGUAGGGAUUGCUCUAAGUACUACUGUGACCAAUGCCUGACAUUUCACUCCAAAAUCAUGAAACAGCAUGCUGUGUUGGGCUAUGAGGAUGUGGACAAGUGGGGAGGGCGGGGCGACACCCUCAUUUCAUGUGACCUUCACUCUAGUAAGGUCAUUGAACUUCUGUGUGAGGACCACGCUGAGAUGUGCUGCCAAUUCUGUGUGACCUUGAAUCACAGGAUGUGCAGAAGCAUCAAUUUGAUCUCAGACCUGGCCAAGGAUAUACACAAGAUGGCAGACUUCAAGCAGCUUCCCUCUAAGGUUGCUAAUGUAACAACAAGUCUAAACCAAAUAAGAGAGGUCAGAAAGAAGAACCAAGGCUCCUUGAAGACCUCUGGCAAGUCUAUGCUGACAAAGAUCAAGGACCUGAGGACGUCACUGAACAAGCUGCUAGAUGAGAUGGAGAAGAAGACAGUGGAACAGAUGGACAGUGUCCUGGCUAACAUGGAUGACACACUACAGAAGGACAUUGACUCCUGCACAAGCAUCCAUGACCAGCUGAAGGCCUUGAUGGAUACCAUUCAAGCCCAGAGCAAGGACGAUGAGCCAAGCUCCUACAUUGGCUUCAGGAAGUGUGAAAAGAAGAUGGCAGAGGCCAACAGCCUGCUCCAGGAGUUAUCGACCAAACCUGAACUGACUGCAACAUUCAAGCCUGAAACCACAAUUACCAAACUGCUGUCUGAUUUUAACACACUGGGCAAUGUUCUAGAAAACUCUGAAAUACAGAUUGAACAUCAUCUGUCUGACAUUAAGUCUUCUAAACAGACUCAUAUCUUCAGGGUUUUAAAGACUGAGAACAAAUCAACAUUUAAUGUGAAAGCCAAGCCAGAUACAGAUGUCUGUUAUAUUAUUGGUAUAACAGAACUUCCAACAGGAGAGAUCAUUCUUGCAGAUAACCGCCAUAACAGAGUGAAGGUAUUGAACAGGGAGUAUAAGGUAAUAGCCCAGUGUGAUGUCCCUAUAGAGCCCAAGGACAUAUGUCAUAUCACAGGAAAUCAGGUGGCUGUAGCAGUUAACUGGCCUCCAGCUGUCAGGCAUGAGGUCCACUUUCUCACCGUGUCAGCUGGCACCAUUAUGAUGACCAGGAAGUUCUCAGUUGACCACGACUGCAUGUCCAUCAGGCACCAUGGGGACCAGCUUUAUGUCGGCUCCAUCACAGCCCUGUACAUCUACACCAAAGCCGGCAAGCAAGUCAAGACGAUACUUGAAAACAGAUCAGGAAGGCAGACAGUGAUUCACUUUGAUUUGAACCAAGAUGGCAAUAAGAUCUACAUAAGUAACUAUUACAAUCCCGAACUAAUUACAAUUGAUAUGAAUGGCAACAUUCUAGCUACACUGCAUGAUCCAGACAUGUAUUUUGCAUAUGGUGUACAUGUGAGUGAGGAUGGCCAUGUGUUUGUGUGUUCAGGGCACAACAACACAGUGGUGCAGGUUGACCAGCAAGGCAAGAAGAAGCUGGCCACACUGGUCAGGGAGGGGGAUGGCAUCUUCCAUCCAAAGGCAGCCUGUUACAGUACUCACACUGGCAGGCUAAUUGUUGUGGGAGAACAAAAUGAUAUUCUGGUGAUGGAACUACAGUAGAGAGACAGAGGAAAAUGUCUACAACAGGAAUCAGUUGUGAACAGAGUUGACGAUGUGCUGAAUGGAAACACUAUUACACAGAGAUCAAAUACAACCUAGUAAUAUUGUUAUCAUGUGUGUAUUAUGUGUGUUACAUUUUAUUUUAAGUGCAUUUAUGUGUUAGCUAUAAACAAAAUUGUAAUUUAAUGGAUGUUAUCGGGGAGGGUUUUAUUUAGUGAUGAUAUAAAGGAUAUUUGUUUAUUUCAGUGUAAGAUCGUAUUUUAUUUAACGAGUGUCAUAGAAAAACAUAUUUUCAAGAGUGGCGAAGCCACGAGUGAAAAUGUAGUUUUUUCUAUGAUCACGAGUGAAAUUAAAUACGAUCUUACACUGAAAUAAACAAAUUUUCUGUUUCUUUUAUGCUUAUUUUCGGAGUUUUAUUUGUUCUUUAUUUAUUUCUGAAUUACCCCCCUUUUUUGAAAAGGGUGGGCUUUACGCCGCUACCCGUGGGGCGCCCCUCGUGCAUAAUUAUAGCUGUCAACUUUUCUACUGUCUGUUUGCUGAGAAAUAGUUCUCUGCUAUUCAUUCUUAUAGCUUAAUUUUCGCUCGUUUUUUAUUGCAAAGCUUUAUGAACAGUAAACAAUGAAGUAUUAUUAGUGCACAUAUGUUCCAAAAAAUAAUGAAAACACUUUUUAUUUUAAGAUGGGCAUGAAUACAUAACCAAAUUACUACCCCGCUAUUUAAAGAAUGAAAAUUUGGAAGGUCAAAUGUGUUAGCAAAACAAAUGUGGAUACUCAUUGGAUUUUAACCAUUUUUCUUUGUUUAAGACUGCAUGUACGCGUGUUUUUAUAGUAAGUUAAUAUUCAGUCAUCUUACUGUCAGAGACCAGUCUGUUUCGCUUUAAAAUGUUUGUUUUCCAGAUAAAGAGAAAAUGCCACGCUAGUUUGUUGGCACAUUUUGAGGUGUGGGUGGGGUAAAAAAUAUCGGAUCUAAAUUGUUGUGUGAAUUCUCCAGGAAGCUCAUUUUACGUACUACAACGGUUAACAGUUCAAAAUACAUUUGAACGAUGAUAUAAAAUUUUAUUUAUGUUCGAACAGUUGUUUUUGUCUGUAAUUUGUUUGGUAUGAAAGCAAAUGUUCGAACAUUCAACUUCAAAGAUCAGUAAAAUGUUUGAUAAACGGGAUAACCGGUAAUAAGCGGUAAGUUGUUAAUUUCCAAUUAUAUAUUUAUUUAAAUUUAUAAAAUAUUUCUUUAUUUUUUUAAACAUUUUUUUGACAUAAUUUACGGAAGUCCAGUGUUCUGUUUUGAUCAAGGCAAGUACAUGUAACAACAAAGGAAUUUCAAAGUAGUUCUGAAAGUUGAUAUUUUCACUCCUUAUUUUGCAGUGAAAAUAUCAAAUUGAUAUUUUCACUGUUGUUAUUUCACUGUUAAAACCCCAUAUUUCAUCGUAAAGCAUGAAAGAAAACAGGAUAUACAAAAUGAUCAAGAUAAAGUGAAUUUUCAUAUUAUAAUAAUUUUUUAUCAAUAACUAAUCAUGUGUAUUUUUUCCUUUGUUAAUCAAAUUAAUCACUAUGUUAUAUAAUACUGGGUAAUUUAAUGUGCACUACGUACUCCAAUAAACCGUAAUGUGAAUAAACAAGCUGGUUAAGUUUUAUGUGAAAAUAGUACAACAUGUCUCUCCUACUUGUACUAUUGCCUUCAACAAGUAUUAAAAUCAUCAUCGGAACCUGCACUAUUUUAUACCAAUUACUCUACAGAAUAAACAGUGGAAAAAUAGGCUAGCAGAACUUCAUAAUACAUUAAUAUUCAUAUUCAACCUUAGCUUCUCACCUUUUCUAAAUUGCCGGAGGCGUUCAAUCAAACAUACAACAUUUACAUCUUUAAUAAUUCAUGAGCACAUGGCUUCUGCAGUAAAUAUACUCAGGGUAUU